AUGGACUCCGUCUCGUCCGGAAGCACUUCCAAGGAAAAUGCACAAUUUGUCCUCGAAGAAUAUGGAUUAGAAUAUACUCCAGAUGGCAAAUUCGUCCGUUGGUCGGUUUCGAACAAAAAGCAUCCGCGAAACUGGCAUAUCCCCCGCAAGAUCUACGACAGCAGCUUGAUUAUCUUCCUUGAUUUUUUCACUACUGCAAUUAGCACCGCUGGAAGCUCUGCAGCCGAUCGCGCACAUGAGGAUUUCAAAAUUAAUCAAACGCUCGCUAUCUUCCUUUUCGUCUCAUUGUAUCUCCUAGGUCAAUGUGCCGGAGGCAUCAUCUUCCCUAGCUUCUCAGAAGCCUUUGGCCGCAAAAGAUUGUACAUUAUCAGCACUGGCCUAUACAGUGUCUGCUGCAUGAUUGUCGGGGUAGUUCCCUCCCCUGCCGGUGCCGCGGUAGGACGGCUCCUCUCGGGGUUUUUAUCGGCCAUUCCGACCAUUGUCGUCGCUGGCAGCAUUGAAGACAUGUUCAAUUCCAAAGAUCGUAUCUGGAUGAUCUUUCUCUGGGCGACGGUGGCGAACAUGGGGAUGUGUGUUGGUCCGAUCUUCAGUACAUACAUCACUGAGCAUUUGAGCUGGCAAUGGGUAUUCCAUAUUGCUGCCAUCGUAACCGGUGUGGUAACUGUGUUUCUCAUUGGAAUUCGUGAAUCCCGACCUUCCUUACUUCUAGUGCGAGAAGUGGAAAGAGUACGCAACGAAACAAAGAUCGAAACCCUGACAGCAUUGAACCCUGAUCACACCCCCGAUUUUAAGAGUUUCUUCAGUCUCGCGCUCUUCCGUCCGAUUUGGCUUCUCUUCACCGAACCUAUUGUGUUCAUGGUUUCUCUUAUCAGUGCUGUGGCUUUCGCCAUGGUCUAUCUUUUCACAGAGGCCCUGCCUCUUGUAUACCAGUCGAUGGGCUUCGCCAAGGAUUCAUCCAACCUGCCCUUCAUCGCGAUUAUCAUAGGUCUCGUUUCGGGUCUCCUCACUCGUAUUCAAGACUAUCGAACAAUCAACUAUGCCGAAGAGCAUGGGAUCGUGCUAGAGCCAGAGCACAAGCUCACUGGUUUCUCCAUCGGGGCCCCUAUGCUUGCCGGCGGGCUCUGGGUCUUCGCGUGGACCAUUCCUCCCCUAAUUGGCCAUGUGCAUUGGAUCAUUUCCGCGAUAUCUCUGAUCUUCAUCGGAUAUGCACUGAACGAGUUCGAUUCGGUGCUCGCGGGUUAUCUGGCAGACAGUUAUCUGAGCUUUUCUGCAAGUGGGUUCGCUGCAUUAGCACUCUUGCGCUCCCUCCUGUCUGCUGCUUUCCCACUAUUUGCCUCCGAUAUGUUCAAUGGGCUCGGGUCAAAUGUGGCUGCAUCGAUUUUAGCAGGUAUAGCCACUGUUUUCUGCAUGGUGCCUCCGCUCUUCAAGCUGUAUGGCAAGCAGAUUCGAGCUCGCAGCAAGUUUGCUCGGCACAGCUUGCGAGUGUAUCGAGAAAACAGUGUUGAGAAGUUUGGUUAUUGA